UCAUUGUCAAUUUGUCGUUUUGUUGCAUUUUUUAUGGUUUUUCUCUGAAUGUAGCCAAUUGAAACCGCUACAUUUAUUAUAAUAGCAAUUUAUUUUCACAAAUUCAUCCAAUGAAUAAGUGAAAUAACUUUACUGCAAAAUGAAUAAACAAAGUGGAAAUGUGUUUAUUUAUCGACUAAAAUUUUAAAGUAUCAUGCCUUGUGGAUUUAGCAACUUUUAAUUUAAAAACUGUUGUUUCUUUCUUUUCACUAUGGAGUCAUCUUUAGGCACUGAUUCUCAAGAUUCAGAUGAUCUUGUCCCGCCGGGUCUAUCAGCUUCCGAAUAUGAUAAAUCCAAAAUUACUAUGCCGAAACAAAACACCAUUGCGACGCCUAAGUCAAAUCAAAGCCCAAGUUCCAGUAUAUUGACCACAAAAGGCAUUCAGAAUGCUAAGAAGAGACUUCGAGCAUUCUCGAUUCAGAAGAAAACACCAAUAGCAACAGUGUCUGUACCAAAACCUGUGAGCACUGGCAGUGCUACUGUGUUGAUUGGCAAACUGAGUAGUGUAAAGACAACACCUAAACCGGAGAAGGAGCUUGAUGCUGAAAAGAAACCACCCAAGCCCCCAAAGCCAGGUGCUGGUAGAAAGAGUUUUCAAGACUCUUACAGUAACUUGCAAAAGCGAACACUUGCCGAAAUCGAAGAUAUAAAGCGCAAAAUGGAGCUAGUUGACCUGGGCAUACCACUGGGGCUGAUAUGUCCCAGUGCGACCAGCGAACAGGCCAUGCCCACUAAGGCAAUGCCUCCAAUCAAGUCAUUCUUAGAUCCUGCUAAAGUGGAUGAGCUGAUUCGAGAAGCAAAAAAAGCGAGAGCUGCCGGUAAGGAGUAUAAAUUUGAUUAUCAAAAACUCUUGCCUGAUUACGAUAAUCCUUUCCAACGUAAAAAAGAUGAUCCCGCUUAUAUCGAAAAAGACAAGAAAGAGGAAGAAUAUCAAUGUAGUUACAGAGCAGAAAGAAGAGAUGAAAGGACAGAUAGAAGAAAGAGCGAUAAAUAUGACAAGAGAUCGUCUAAUUAUGAUAAGCCUGAAAGAAAGAAUGAUAGAGAAAAAGACAAAUAUAGAGAUGACAAAGAAAAGCAUAGAGAUGACAAAGAAAAGUAUAGAGAUGACAAAGAAAAGUAUAGUGAUGACAAAGAAAAGUAUAGAGAAGAUAAAGAAAAGUAUAGAGAAGAUAAAGAAAAGUAUAGAGAAGAUAAAGAAAAGUAUAAGAAGGGAAAGGAAGAAUCAAAUAAAGUCGACGGAAAAAUAGGCCGUAAAGAAACUGAUGUUAAUCUUAGUGAAUAUUUAAUCUGCGAUAGUUGGUCUUUAGAUAAUGAUGAUAAAAGCAAUUCUAGUCCUCGUGUUGAUAAAGGCAAAGUUUCAAUAAGAGAUAAAUCAAAAGAACCAAUGGAGAUUCUGAAAGAGAACUUCAAAAAGAAAACAAAAUCAGUUGAUAGUCCAGUCAAUAAGCCCAAAAUGGAGAGAUUGAAGCCAGUGAUCGAUGCUUUCAAAUACGAUAUAGAUCCUAAUGAAGAAGAAGACGCUUUGGAGCUACUGGAUGAAGAUUCUUCAAUUGAAAAGUAUUCUAAACCGGAGUCAAGUAAAAAGAGUCUUUAUGACUCACCAAUCGACUUAAAGCUUUUCGAAUAUGAUCAAGAUAUGUCUAAAGAUUGCGUGAUUGAUGCAAAUGAUGAUAAUUUCUUAGAGUCAGUAAUAAACGAGAUAAAGCAGGAGAAUAUGAGUGACGACACAAGCCAAGACAAUAGGACGGGUUUGGUUGAAUAUGACUCUCCUAAGGAAGACGAUGAUGACUUUAAAAUGGACACUAGUCAGGGAUCAGUUACUCCAGAAUUGGAUGACAGGAUGAGGGAUUUGCAAUCAAGUCAACAGAGUCACUAUUCUGAUGGAUACAGGUCUGUCGAAAGUGGCUAUAAGUCGACAGAGAGCGGUUACAAGUCGGAACGUGAUUAUAAACCUGAUGACAGUAGACAUUCAGAUAACUUUAGGUUGUCUGUGGAAAAAGAGCUUGAUGACGCUCUCGAACGAAAGAUGUCCAGGAGUACUGUAGACUCUUUGGAGACUUGGAGCUUCGUUUUGAAGAUAUGCCAGCCUCUACUCUUCAGACAUGACAAAAAUAAAUGUUACAAGGAGACCCACACUUCACCAAAGUUGUGGUAUACUAUCAACCCGAAGAGAUGCAAUUGUGUAAAGGAUCGUUCUGUUGUAUAUGAGGAAUUGGAGAUGUGUAAAAUGACACUGGUGGAUCGAUUGUACGGCUGCGAUCAGAUAUCGGAGGCUUGGUCGUCGUCGUCCCGGGCGUGGUACCCGCGCGUGGGAUGUAUGGCGGCGGCGGUGCCCGUGCCCGUCUCCACCGACUGGGAGACCGACGAGCCCCCACGGUCCACCACGCCUCAACACCAGGACGUCACCCUCCACAGGGAGUACCAGAGGUUCAUAGAAUCGGUAUGGCCCGAAGUAGCUGAGCCUACUGAGCAACCCCGGAGCACUACUCCCGACAAGUCUGGUAGACAGGACAGUAGAAAAAAGAAGAAGGUAGAAGAUGUCGAGAAGGAGGCGGAGGAAAAGAAGAAAGCAAAGAAAAUUAAGCUAAGCAGUGAAGGUUGGAGUCAGGAGUCUGAUGUGGAGGAAGAAGUAGAAAAGACUAUUAGCAAGAAAUUGAAGCCAGAGAAAGAGAAAAUACGAAAACGGAAGCACUCUCCUUCACUAUCGGACUCCGAAAGUGAAGAGGACUCUAAGAAAAAGAAGAAAAUUAAGAAGAAGCAUGACAUCAAAAAGACUAAAUCGAAAUUGGUUAAAAAGCGUCACGUCAGCAAAAAGAUAAAGAAAAAGUUAAAAGAGAAGCAGAAAAGAAGGAAGAAGAAGAAUAUGUCAAAAAUAGAGAAGAUUUCCGACGAUUCUGAUAAAGAAGACAGUGAAAAGAAGAAGCAGAACAAAUUGAAAAGGAAAUCUCAAGCGAAGGUAAAGAAGGCGCAGAAAAAGAGAAAAAUGAAACCAAAAUCGUCGAGUUCAUCGUCAUCGUCGAGCGACAGUAGCGACAGCAGUUCUGAUACCGAAUCAGAAGUGGAAAGAAAGAAGAUUAAGAAGAAAGAAUUACAGCUGAAGAGGAAGAAGAAAGAAAAAAAGAAGAAACGCGAUGUGUCCAACGAUUCGACGCAAAGCGAAGAUUUGUUCGACGUCAAUGUUUUGAAUAAUAUCAAAACUGAAAGAUUGACUGAUGAUGAGAAGCAUCAGCAGAUGAAUGACUUCUCUCCUAGAAGACAGAAGCGUAAAGAGAGAGAGAUAAUAAAUGUGAAAGAGUUGCAAAAUGAUUUUGUUGGGAACAACAUUCAUAUAAAACAAGAGAAAAUUGAUACUGUGACAGAAGCGACCAAUACUGCUGUAGUCGAGACAAUUGAUAAAAUUGAAAUGAAAGAUGAACAGAAGCCUUGUGAAACUUUAGUUGAAAUUAAACCUAAAGAAACUGAAAAUAAGGAACAACUUCCUGCACCUCCGAAAGAAAUUAAAUCGCCAGAAAUAUCUCUUCUUCAAGAAUCGCAGAUACCUUUACCGGAUGAAUGUGAAAAUUCAGUACAAACUGAACAUGCUACUGUGAAAAAGUCAAAAAUAAUAGAACAAACUAAUGUUCAUCUCCCCGUCGAAACUAAUAUACCUUUGCCAGCUGAUAUAACAAUACGCAGCAUACCAGAGCCACCUCCGCAGGAAGUACAAGUAAAAGUCACAAAAGAAAAGGUGAAGCAUAUAGAAAAUAUUGCAACAGGGAAAAAUAUGGAAAUAGAGAAACAUAUGGAAACGGGAAUACAUAUGGAAAUAGAGAAACAUAUUGAAACGGGGAAACAUAUGGAAAAGGGGAAACAUAUGGAAAUUGAGAAACAUAUUGAAACAGGGAAACAUAUGGAAUUGGGUAAACGUGUAGAAACAGAGAAGCAUCUAGAAAUUGGGAAACAUGUAGAAGUUCAACUUCAAACAAUGAGUUAUAGCUAUAACGACGUGAAUGCAAGUCAUAAUGAACUCUAUGGUAAAGGUAUAGAGCCGGAUAGUGAUGAUAAAUUUGUCGAUGGUUACGAUCAGGAGAACUACGAGAUGUAUGAGCAAAUGGCUAUGGCGUAUCAGAGCGAUGUCGCCAAACAGGGAGUAUCGAAUGAUCAGAGCGGUGAAGUUAAACGCAUAGAGACAGUGGUUCGAUACCGGCGUCGCGGCGAGAUCAAGUGUGACUGGCGCGCCGGCGAUAAGCCCGCCUCCUCCACUGAAGCGCCGCGCCCAUCGCGAUGGGGUUUGAAACCCGGCGAGGUAAACAUAGUAUUGACGGGAGGGCCGAAUGUGGAACCCGCUACUGUCCCUGCUGCUUCUACUGCCACUGAACAGUAUCCGAUCAGAAGUGUAUUAGAGCCCGUGUAUAAAAUACAGAGCUUGGCGAACAGACAUGACACUUCUAAUAAUUCUAUUGAUUACGACGAGGCGUAUCAAGUAACAUACGGGGCGUCUGAUCGGCUGCAGUACGGAGAUUGCUUCGCGGAGUCGCCCCCCACCGCCCCGCCCCCCUCUACACUAGACGAGAGGAUCGAUCGCGCCCUCAGGGAAACUGUCCUCGGUCAUGUGGCUAAAGAAACCGAUGAUGUCGAAGACGACAAAGAUGUACCAGAAAAAGGGAUCCUAGUUACUAAAUCCCUGGCGGAGGUGAAUCGUGGCGCAAAACGCGUCAGUUUCGCGGACGGAUAUAAACCAGGACAGGACUCUGAUGUGGAAGAACCGCCUGUUAACAGGAAGAAGAAGUCCCGCCGCUACGGUUGCGCGUGGCCGUGUCCCGCGUCCCACCCGGACCACGUGCCGCUGUGGGACGCGCUGCCGCCCCCUCCCCCGCCCGCCACGCCGCCCCCCGCCCCCACCGUGCCCGCCCCCGGCCCCACACUCGCCCUCACUGUCUCACGCCCCCCGCUGCUGCACACCCCCGCGCCCCCCGUGCCCCGAAUGCCGAUGCUGAGGCAUCCGGUGCAUCUCCAACCCGAUCCAAACAUGACGAUGAGGCCUUUCAUGCCCCCAGAACCUCCUCCUGGUCUCAUCACUUUUCAAUAAUUUUUACGUCACUAGGUACUAAAUCCUAAUUAAUUAUUUCUUACCCAAACAAUUGUUUGACAUUUCUCGAGUAUUAAGUUUAAAGUGAUACUUUAUUGUAAGGAAAGAUUUAAUUAUGUAAAUAUACUUCUCAUAAUUA